CAUAAAAGAAUAAUUCGUAAUAGUUAACUAUGGAUAACUAGUACCUUGACAGUCUUAUCGAUAAGCAUCUUCAACCCCACCAAAGUACCUAGUACAAUAUUUCCAUCCAGGCAACUUUCACCAUUACAAAUAAUACGACAAGCACUGCAGCUGCAGCAAGCAAGCAAGCAAGCAAACAGCAUCCAACCCAAAUAUAACCUCUGACACCAACAACAUAAAACUUAGGCGCCCUCAUCAACACCCCCUUACAACCCCUUCACACACACACACACACCCACACCCACCCACCAUGUCCUCAGAAUCGCAGCCCAUAAACCCCGCGCGCUUCGCCUCAGCCCUCCGCGACCUGCCCGCCACCACCCUCGCGCUCAAGAUCGCCGAGCUGCGCAACUCCAUCGCGCACCUCGACUACUCCAACGCCGAGCUAAAGCCGUUCGCGGAGGGCCGAGCCUCCGCCCUUCCUAAUCCCAGCGGCACUAGUGGUGCGGUGGAGCCAGACCAGGACUGCAUCGACGCGAUCGCCGAGAACGAGGCCGUGAUCGCGCGCAUGCAGCAGCGCAUCGAGCUCAUCCGCGCCGAGGUCGAGACGAACCGCGGCUUGGUCUGGAGCGAGUUUAUGGGGAAGACGGGAGAGGAGGAGGAGGAGGUGGUGGUGGUGGGGGACGAGCAGGAUGAGGCGGCGAGGGUGUUGGCGGAGAUGGCGCUGCGGGAGCGGGGUACUAAUGGCACUAAUGGUACUACCGCGGGGAGCUCGGUGAAUGGGGUGAAUGGCCAUAGCAGUGGUAGUGGGCAGCAGCAGCAGCAUCCGGCGUGGCAAGACGGGACGUUCCAGACCGGGACGAUCAACGGAGCCGGAGGUUUGUCGGACGAGGAGCUGUUGAGGCAGUUGCUGGGCCGGAUGCCGCCCGAGAACGAUGAUACUGAUGAUCCGGAGGGCGGCAUGCAUCUAUGACCUACCUACCUACCUAUCUACCUGGCCUUGACAAGGAGAGGGGAGCACCGAUACAAGCUUAAUUUAUUUGAUGCUAUAAUGAUGGCGAGAUGUUUAGGGGGGGAGAAGUGCGCGUGAACGAACUUCAUUUUGCGCUCAAAAAAAACAAGCAGGCAAGCGGCAACGGCGUUACGGGAAAAGGGACAUGUUUACUAUCUAGGUAUGUAAGGAAAAGCCCACGGGUGGGAUUGCAAAAUCGGCAGGAGCUGUAUUGUAUUUUUGCGGAAUUAUUCUAAAUGAACGAAUGGCACGGUCAUAGAAAGAUAUCAUACUUUAAGAGUUGCUAUGCACGACGCAAGCCUUUGGAGACAUAAUCUAGUGGCUUUGAGAAGACAGCUGGCUGAGGACACGUUUUGUGUGAUAUUCAAGUACGAGGUUGCGUAAUAAUCAUGAUUAUUCACAGGUCAUAUCAAUUUUACCUACCUAUCUACGGAGGCACCUACUUUAUCACUUAUGAACAGCGUUCGGAAUAGCGACAUGAAAUACUUCCACAUGGUAGACCACACCAAGCCUAGGACUACACUUCAGGUUUAC